AUGGACCAUCCACUGGUAUACAUCCCUCUGCUGGUCUCACAUAUCCUUGCUCACUCGUCUAUUUUCCCAGUCUGCACGAUCAUCAUGCUGCGUCCCCCCGUUCAUAAAACAGAACAAAAAAAAUUUGAAGCGAGUCAAGAGACACGCCGACAUCAUUACGCAAAAGACGGUAUAUUGAGUAGGCGACGAGGGCUUCGCCUCACAAAGCCAUCGCAGGAGGUACAGGAGAUUCAAAGAGCACUCGCUGUAGCCUUAGGCUACGAUGAAGAUCUAUCUGAGCCAGAGACGAGUGAUGACGAGAAUGACGCACUAUCAAUAGAUCUCCCAUCGUGCCUGCUCGCUUUCAAAAGCAUCAAGGACGAGAUGUUGAUGCUAAUUGGAGAACCCUGCGCAUUUACAGAGAGUCUCCUCCUUCAGUACGUCAAAAGCUUGCCAGAUGAAGUGCAUGGCAAGGGCGACACCUCAAUCAUUCAAAAUGCAAAAACAGAGGUCGAACACUUACUCCGCCGUGCAACUCGAGUGCAGGAUCAAAUCAUGAUUUUCUGUGGAGUCUCGACAGAAUCUCGCGCUACUGAAUCAGUCUCCCGGUUCUUAAGCACUACACUCGCUUAUAUAGAUGAUGUCCAGUAUUUUUUGGACAUUGAAGGACUCACUGAGUUGACGGUUGCUCACUCAAUGGAAACGUCCAGCAAGCACUAUGCAUAUGCCACCCUUUUUGGCAAGUUGAAUGCGAUUGUAGCAACCAUGUCGUCGGUGACCGAACCAUUUUUCAUCGAGCGUGUCUUCACCUUGUCUUCAGCUCCAGUCGUCUUUGUCAAUCGCGCACUCUCCACGGCAAGCCCAGAGUUCACCAUAAUCAAUCACAACCAUCCAGAAUUCGAGAAUGCUGUGAGAUCGAGGGCGGACGACUCUGUCCUUCACGUCUACAAGGCUGUUUUCUAUAACAUUCCAGUACAGGUCAAACCCUCUCAAAGCAUGUUCUAUGUCACCCGCGGGUCUCACAUUGGUGUCGUGGCAGGCUGGGAGAAUGCACUCAAUUGCGUUCUUGGUGUCGCUGGUGCUGUUUACCAUGAGGUUGAGUCUAUUGCUAUUGGGGAGGAAAAAGUCAGGAUUGCCAUCGAUGAAGGACGAAUUAAGAUGGUGGAACCCUGGGCCUUCGAUGAGUAA